AUGUCUCAAGAAAAAGAUGAAAACAAUCAUAAUUCUGAUAUUCCUGACCAUAACGACGAAUAUGUUGUUCCUCACAUGCAGAUUAGCUGCUUGGCCAAUUCUAUAGCUUAUAUGGAUGUAUUGAGAAAUCCUGCAAUACUCCUCCAGGGCUUCGCAAAUCUUCCAGCAAGUUCUCAAAAGACACUCUUGGAUUUUUGUCAUGGAAGGUUAAGUGAAAUUGAAAACGCCAAUAAAAUGCCGCUCACUGUUCAAGAGAACAAUUCGCCUUCAUCAGAUGGAACAUCAAGUAGUUCUGAAGUCGAUGAUCAACCUGUAAAUGACGAAUCUGCCGACGAAUGUAAUAAACUAUCAGAUGAAUAG